AUAAAAAAAAAAGUAUGCAAUGUUUCAACUUGAUUCGACAAUAGCUGUGGGAAAAUAAAGUGUGAGAACUUUUUACCAGAAAGAGUGAGCUUUGUAAAGAUAUCUUUGUAAAAACAGAGAAAUAUCCUUUAUCAUACGCAGGUGUGUCUUACCUAAACGUAAAAAAACAGAAAAUGCUCAAGCUAACUUCAACAGAAGCUGCGGGAGGAAGCCAAAAUUCUAUGGUAACUGCUGCAGAUAAUCAAAAUCCUACAACAGCUGCAAGAGAAAAUCAAAAUCCUAUAACAACUGCAAUGGAAAGUCAAACUUCUAUGGCAACUGCAGCAGAUAAUCUAAAUCCUAUAACAGCUGCAAAAGAAAGUCAAUAUCCUAUGACAGCUACAAGAGAAAGUCAAUAUCCUAUAACAGCUGCGGGAGAAAGUCAAUAUCAUUUAACAGCUGGAAGAGAAAAUCAAUAUCCUAUAACAGCUACGGGAGAAAGUCAAUAUCCUAUGACAGCUACAAGAGAAAGUCAAUAUCCUAUGACAGCUACAAGAGAAAGUCAAUAUCCUAUAACAGCUGCGGGAGAAAGUCAAUAUCCUAUGACAGCUACAAGAGAAAGUCAAUAUCCUUUAACAGCUGGAAGAGAAAGUCAAUAUCCUUUAACAGCUGGAAGAGAAAGUCAAUAUCCUAUAACAGCUGGAAGAGAAAGGCAAUAUCCUAUGACAGCUGCAGGAGAAAGUCCUAUUCAAUUUAACUAUAAUUCUGACGCUUGUAACCAACAAGAUGCUAAGAACGAUAAAGACAAAUUGGAAAAACUUAAAGAAGAGAGAAUGGAAAUCUCUAUCGACGAUCACAGUACAUCCAGACAAUCUACAGUUAGUAUACUCUUAAACAAGAUCACUGCUGAUGAGGAGGAACUCACACAAUUGUAUAUCGCAGCAUUGAAGGAAAUUAAAGGCGAUCCAUCCCUAGCACCAAAGGUUUUGGAAAUUGAAGAGAAGUUACAAUGUUUUCACAGAUAUUAUUCUAUCAAUCAAAAACGGAAAGACAUGGCAGAACCAAUAGAUGGAGAUACAACAGAGAGUCAACCUCAUUCAAAGAAGAUUUGUCAAGAAAAUGAACUAACUUUACUUCUGCUGGGAAGUGCUGGUAAUGGGAAAAGUGCAACCGGAAACUCCAUUCUGGGUAAAACUGUAUUUAAGACGUCAGCAAGUACGUCAUCUAACACAUCAGAGUGCCAAAAGGGAACCGCUGUAAUCGGCAGUGACACAAUUACAGUCCUCGACUGCCCAGGAAUAGACACCGAGAAUAGCCCUGAAGUUGUAUUUCAUUCUUUCGUCGAGUCAGUGAAACAAGCCUUAGAACUUUGCAAAUACACAUUCUCCGCUGUCGUGAUAGUAUUAAAAUACGGACAGCGAUUCACAAAGCAGGAAAGUGAGACAAUCAAACACUUGAAAGGCAUUCUGGGAAAGGAUGUCUUAAAAGACCGCGGAAUUUGUGUCGUGACGCAUGGGGACAACUUUGAGGCUGACACUGAGGAUGAAAAUGUUGAUUUUAUUGAUUGGUGUCAAGAACAGAGUGGCGACAUUAAAACUUUAUUCGAUGAAUGUAAUUUUCAUUGCGUCCUAUUCAACAACAAGACUAAAAGCCAAGACACCAAGAACGAUCAACUGACAAGACUUUUGCAGUAUGUACCAAGAGCUAAGCCAUACACUGAAAAAGAUUUUAUUUCUGCCUUCAAAGACCUCAAUAAGAUGAGACUUGAAUAUGAAGUGCCUAAAAUAAUAGAGGAAACAAAUGCGUUCAUUAAAAGCAAGAGACAAAAAUUUCAAGACAUUGAUUCUGAGACAGACGAAAGUCAAAGGCAUGUACAAUUAGAACAAAUUAAAGAUGACAUUGCUCAGUAUAACCAUAAUUUGCUUGAGUCGAAUGGUGAUGAGGAAAUGAUGAAACAGCCUCUACAGUCGCUGAAGAUCUUUUCACUCGAAGUAAAUGCGAAGCUGAAAAUGUGUCAAGAAAAAAGAAAAAGCAUUGGAAUAGAAGAUAUAGACAUCGAUGCAUCACAGUCACAGACUGAGGAGAAGAGACCCCUACAGUUAGUAUCUAAAGACCAUUUCAGUAAAUUUUCUUCAACGGCAAUUGCAGAUUUACAAGAUGCUCUUAUGACUGAUUCCGAAGACUAUGAAUAUGUGAGUAUAAAACCUCCAAGUCAUAGUUGUGUUUAUCUACAAGAGAAUCUCAGCGAUACUAACCUUCUUGAGAAUUUAGUCCAGGAGUUAUGGAAAUUUGAAUGCAAAGUGAAAGAUUUGAAAAUUAAAGAAAAUGUCAAUUCUGAAGAUUGGAAACAGUUUAGCUCAGACUUCGCUAACUUUGAGGUGAAAGUAGCAAGCAUAAAUUUUACAGCGAUGGACCCAGAGAAAAAAGAACAAUUUGACAACAACAAGCGUUAUAUUUCUACAUUAAUUGAGGAGAACACAAACCAAGUGUCCUUAGGAAAGAUUUGGUCGUUUUUUAAAACUUUUUUUGGAAAAUAUUUAUAGAAAUAUAUUUUUUUUAACUUCAGUUGCUUUUCCCCCUUCAAGACCUUACUUAAUCUUUUCAUUUUCAGAUGUAUUUGUUUUUCCUUUCUGAGAACCUCCCUAGCAGUUUGACGCAUCGGGCGGCAAGCUCCCUCCAUAGAAAUCGGUUACUGGCACUUUCCAGAUCAUGUCCACUGCUUUUAGGUCCUCCGUGAAGGUGCGGUGCCAAGUUAUAUUAGAACGUCUCUUUCUUUCCAUCGGCCUCCACGUCAUUGCUACUAUUGGAGCGCAGCAAUCCAUUCUGUCGGAGGACAUAUCCCGCUAAUCUCAUGCUACGCUCGGUCACAAUUUAUUUUCAGAAUUACAGAAGUCUCACAAAUUAAGACUAAGGUUAGGUCUUUGAAUAAUUGAUUUUACAACAUGUUUAAUACACUAAACUAGUGGUUCUCAGACUUUGCUCCGCGGAUCCCUAGAAGGUGGUCCACAGAAAGAUCAAAAUUGUAUACAUUAAAAAUAACUUUUUCGCUAAAGGUCAGCUUAUCCGAUCCAAUAAAUUGAAUAAUUACAGAGUCGCCCAUUACUUUUGGUUCACUAUGUCUACUUUUUAAUCAGGACCUAAACCAAAUAUUUUAAGACAUUCUUCGCUUGGCUAUUCCCGACUGGUUAUUGAUUCCUUUUGGAAGUGGACAAACUCACAUCCCAAUCACAGAUGAAUUCAUACUAAGAAAGGAGUAACUUAUUAAAAUAUACUCCAAUGAGGCUACAAAACAGAUGCCAAUCUAUAUCCUGCGAUAUGGGUCACUGAGCAGACGAUUUGAUUGUUUUCUCGUCUCUUUAUUUGGUACAACAUGGCUUCAGUGACGUAGCAGUAAACCACAUCACAAUUGAAACCGUCUCGAUAUUUAUGUUCGAGUAGAUAUGUGGUUGCUAGUUACAAUCAUUGAGUCGGACAUUAACACAGAUAUAAAAUCGUCUCAAUCCCAUCAGAAUUAUACAUUUAAAAUUUAUUUUAAACAAAAUUUAUCUUCCAAAUAAACACUUCUUCAGCAAA